CGAGGACACCGUACAAAUCCUCGAGUAGAGGGUAGUUACUCGAGUGCGGAAAUCGAAGCUUUGACAGUGCAAAAGAACAGAGAAGUCGAAGAGAAGUGAAAUCUUACACUACUUUUCUACAGCUGCGGAUCAUCGAAGCUCGAUUCUUUCCGGGAUUAUUAGAAAUGGUCGCGUUUGGAUGGUCUUUUAUCGGGAGAGCGAUCAUUCUACUGCAAUCAGUUACUGGAAUUCUAGCCUGGGGAAAAGAAGGGCAUUAUGCCAUUUGCAAAAUAGCUGAGGGGCUCUUGACUGAAGAUGCUGCUGCUGCGGUUAAAUUGUUGCUUCCAGAUUAUGCCAAUGGCGAUCUUGCUGCAGUUUGCUCCUGGCCCGAUGAAAUUCGUCACCAAUACAGAUGGCGCUGGACUAGUCCAUUGCAUUAUGUUGAUACACCAGAUUUUAAGUGCAACUAUGACUACUGCAGAGACUGCCAUGACUCUAAGGGACAAAAAGACAGGUGUGUUUCUGGAGCGAUUUACAACUACUCGAUGCAGCUAACAACGUAUCAGGAUUCUUCCUAUGAUUGGCAAUAUAAUCUCACAGAAGCUCUUAUGUUUCUAUCGCAUUUCAUAGGGGACAUCCAUCAGCCUCUGCAUGUUGGUUUCCUCGGAGAUGAAGGUGGUAACACGAUUACUGUUCGCUGGUACCGGCGGAAGACCAAUUUACACCAUGUAUGGGAUACCAUGAUUAUUGAGUCUGCCAUGAAGAUUUUCUACGACAAUGAUAUUGAUGUUAUGACACGGGCCAUCCAGAGGAAUAUGCUGGAUGGCUGGUCUGCUGACAUCCCAUCAUGGGAAAACUGCAUAUCAAAUCAUACAGUUUGUCCGGAUCCGUAUGCUUCUGAAAGCGUUAGCUUGGCUUGCAAGUUUGCAUACAGGCAUGCGACACCAGGAAGCACUCUGACAGAUGAGUAUUUCCUCUCUCGUUUGCCAGUUGUCGAGAAGAGGCUUGCCCAAAGUGGGGUCCGCUUGGCUGCCAGCCUCAACCGAAUUUUCAUUUCCCCUCCAAUCUCACAACAAUGAAAUGAGAGAGAGAGAGAGAGAGAGAGAGAGAGAGAGAGGUGGCGUGAGGAGAAUGUAGCCUUUGGUCAUAUGGAUCAUGUGAGAUGAACCAUUGGUCACAAGGAACAUGUGGGAUGGGACCACCUCUCUCUCUCUCUCUCUUUCUCAGAGACUUACACGACAAGGUAAAGGUAGUUGCUUCUCUCCCAUUAAUUAUUCUCUAUAUGGAGAUGUAAUGAUAAUCUCUCAUCCGUUUAUAAGCUCAUUUCUUGUAAGUUACACCUGACAACACCAGACUUUCAGGACACUGCACAUGACACGCAUGGAUAAUACUUCUCCUUUCAGUUAUUUCAUACAUCUCCAAUGAGGAAUUCGUUUUCCCAGUAUCAGCAUGUAUGACCCCACAUUCAGAUAUUGUCAGAUGAUCCAAGCCUUCCAUGCUUCGGAUGCUACUCUAUACGGAGAGAUAAUUAUGCAUAAUGCAUAGUUCUUGUCAUUUAUGUCUAGCUGAAUGUUGACCAAUGAAAUGAUUUUUUUUUUUU